CUCUGUGUCUGUGCUGGCCCUCAGCCCCCUCGGACAGAGCAUGCACCACUGUGUUCAUUCUGUCUCUCAGCUUUGUGCUUCAGCAGCCCUCUUCAGAGGAGUGCUCCCCUCAGCCACAAGCCUGUCCCCCUGAUUGUCUGAUAAAGAUGAUAGCCAGGGUGCCCCCGGGAGAAUAUUUCUGAAGCUUGGCUGCCUUAGGGCAGAAGAAAAGGGUUGGGUGAUCCAUACUUCUGUGCUAUUUAGUAAAGUUCAAGAGAAAGGGGGUGACUCACCCCAAGUUACACAGCCAAAUAGAGGCAAGCCUGGACUAGAACCCACAAAUUCCAACUCAUAACCUUUCCCAAGCACCAUACCUCUGCUUUCCUUUAUCACCCUGGGCUGGAUUUUUUUCAUCACCCAGAAAAUUUCCAGGUAGCUUCUUACUAUUUUUGGUGGCUAUGAAUCCACAAACCCAAAGGAAAUAUAAUUGUCCAAUCUGCUAGAAAGCUAAGCAAUAUCUUUUAAAGCCAAAGGGGGUUAUUUUUUUAUGCAGACAUAUAAAUAGGUGAAAAGCAAUGUGAUGUUUGUUGUACUAGAAGGAUGUUCAGGAUAUUGUGGGAUCCCAGAAGGAGGACUAAUUAGCUUAUCCCUGGGGAAAUCAACACUGCUUCUCAAAGAUGGAACAUUUGAACAGGUUUGAAAGGAUGAAUAGGAGUUUAUCUGAAAAGGAAAGCAAGAAAGAGUCUUACAGGGAAAGGGAUAGGGAUAUGUGACAUUGCAAAGAUAGGUUUAUGGCGGAUGAAGCUAGGGAUGAGACUGGAGUGGGAUAAGGCCAUUUUGGAAAGGGCCUUGUGUAUACAGAUGAGAAUCUUGGCUUUAAGGUCAAGGGAGGUAGCAAAUGUAUAAGGAGGCCUUGUCUGACAUAUUCAGUCCUUUCUCUUUUUCCAUGCUGCUAAUGAUGCUGUGUUACUACUGGGCAUCUGGAACCAGGGAGUUGGAAGUCUUGUGGAAAUCAUUUUCAGCAAUUAAAGCAUUAUCUCUGUGCUGGGGUUGCAUGAGGAGGGUCUCCCUAGGGAGAGCCGGUGGAAGGGAGGGAUAGUCACCUGGUUUCUCUGGACGAUGCCGUCUGUAGAGAGCAUCCUUCCCCACCUCUGGUCACUGUUCCGGACCAGCAGGAGAGUAUCCGGGAGAUUCCAGGAGUGAUUCUGUCAUUAAAGUCCAUGGCUCUGUGCAGACUGAGGGAGUGUUUCUUUGAGGGGAGGUAUUAAAUUAUUACUUUAAAUGAUUUUGUCAAUUUUGAUUUUUCCAGGAUGUAGGAAUAAGCAUUUCCUGUGCAAUGAGCAACCCUCAAAGUGGUCAAAACAACUGAACUUUAUUUUGUUUACAGUUCCACGGGUUGACACUUGGGACUACAAUUCUCGGGAGCUCAUCUCCUGUCCAGGGUGUAAGCGAGUGUACCUUACCAGGGAUGUAACUGAGCAUUUUUUCCUGCAGUGCUUUCCUACCAGGCAACCCAAGAUGGCCAGGAACUGCUCCGAGUGCAAGGAGAAGAAGGCAGCACAUAUCCUGUGCACUUACUGCAAUCGCUGGCUGUGCAGUUCCUGCACUGAGGAGCACCAGCACAGCCCUGGACCUGGGGGCCCACUCUUUCCCCGGACCCAGAAAGGAUCACCAGGAGUGAAUGGUGGUUCUGGGGACUUUGCUUUGUACUGUCCUCUACACACACAGGAAGUACUCAAGCUGUUCUGCGAGACCUGUGACGUGCUCACCUGCCAUAGCUGUCUAAUGGUGGAACACAAAGAACACAGGUGCAGACAUGUUGAAGAAGUAUUGCAAAACCAGAGGAUGCUUCUGGAAAGUGUGACUACGCAGGUGGCACAUAAGAAAUCCAGUCUACAGACAUCUGCAAAGCAAAUCGAGGACAGGAUUUUUGAAGUGAAGCAUCAGCAUAGGAAGGUGGAAAACCAGAUCAAAAUGGCUAAGAUGGUUCUGAUGAAUGAGCUGAACAAACAGGCCAACGGACUCAUAGAGGAACUGGAGGGCAUUACUAAUGAGAGAAAGCGGAAACUGGAACAGCAGUUACAGAGCAUCAUGGUUCUCAACCGUCAGUUUGAGCAUGUGCAGAAUUUUAUCAAUUGGGCUGUCUGCAGCAAAACAAGUAUCCCUUUCCUUUUCAGCAAGGAACUGAUUGUGUUUCAGAUGCAGCGAUUACUGGAGACUAGCUGUAACACAGAUCCUGGCUCCCCUUGGAGUAUCAAAUUCACCUGGGAGCCUAACUUCUGGACCAAGCAACUGGCUUCCCUUGGCUGCAUAACUACUGAAGGCGGACAGCAAUCCCGGGCAGAUACUCUUGCUUAUGGAGGCUCACAGGGGACGUCAUCCUUUUAUCAAAGCCACCAAUCCCCUGUGGCUCAGCAGGAGGCUCUAAACCAUCCCCCACACAAGUUCCAGGCUCCGGCACUGUGUUCCUCAUCUGUGUGCUGCUCCCACUGCACCCCAGUCUCACCUUCCCUUAAAGGCCAGGUGCCCCCACCCAGCAUACACGCAGCCCAUGGCUUUAGGCAACCCUCUGAGAUGGUGUCCCAACAGCUGGGGUCAAUGCAGUGUCCCACCCUGCAACCCAGGGAGAAAGAGCUGGCCUGCAGUCCGCAUCCACCAAAGCUGCUCCAGCCCUGGCUGGAAACCCAGCCUCCUGUGGAGCAGGAGAGCACAUCCCAGCGGCUGGGGCAGCCGCUGACUUCCCAGCCCGUGUGCAUCGUCCCUCCGCAGGAUGUCCAGCAAGGAGCCCACGCCCCGCCCACCUUACAGACACCCUCUAUCCAAGUCCAGUUUGGCCACCACCAGAAGCUGAAGCUCAGUCACUUUCAGCAGCAACCACAGCAGCAGCUGCCACCUCCACCACCUCCAGCCCUGCAGCAGCCACCCCCACCUCUACCUCCAUCCCAGCACGUGGUGUCUAGUCAGCACGAGAGCCCCCCUGGGCCUGCCUGCUCCCAGAAUGUGGACAUAAUGCACCACAAGUUUGAGCUGGAGGAAAUGCAGAAGGACUUGGAGCUGCUUCUUCAGGCUCAGCAGCCCAGCCUGCAACUGAGUCAGACCAAGUCUCCUCAGCAUCUUCAGCAAACCAUUGUGGGGCAGAUCAACUACAUCGUGAGGCAGCCGGCUCCCGUCCAGUCCCAGAGCCAGGAGGACACUCUUCAGGCUACAGAUGAGUCCCCUGCAUCUGAGGGCCCAAAGCCAGCUCUCCCUGUUGACAAGAAUACUUCUUCUACUACCUUGCCCCAGACAUCUGGGGAAGAAAUUCCUCACAUUGUCCCCCCAGUGGAUAGCACCGUCCAGCACUCCUCUCCAAAUGUGGUGAGAAAGCACUCCACCUCGGUGAGCAUCAUGGGCUUUUCCAACACUCUGGAGAUGGAGGUGUCAUCUACCAGGCUGGCCAGGACCCUAGAGCCACAGAUCAAGAGCGUGAGCAACCUUACUGCUGGACCUCCCCAGGCAGCACCAAGCCUGCUGAGUGGCACCCCCCAUACUGUGUCCAGCCUGACGAAUAUUCAGAACCACGCCGUGCCCAGCCUGACAGCCAGUCACCUACAGACUGUGCCCAGCCUUGUGCGUGGCACUUUCCAGUCCAUGCCCAACCUGAUGAGUGAGUCUCCCCAGGCUGUCACAAGCCUAGCAAGUGAUCACUCUCAGGCUGGGUCCAGCCUAAUGUCUGGUCAUACCCAGGCUGUGCCAAGUCUGAUCAAUUGCCCUCUGCAGAGCAUGCCUCCGAUUUCUGAAAUGCAGCCAGAAACUGGGUCCAGCUCCAGCUCCAGUCCUGGCUCUGGCCGAACUGCAGGGAGCCUGUGCCCUGGGGAUGGAGCUGACCGCCCCCUGGUGAAUGCCCUGUGUAAGAUGGAGAGUGAGGAUUCUACCCGCUUCACUGACUUAGUGGGACAAGGCCCCACAGUCCCUGGUCUGGCUACUUCCAAGGACUUGGCUGUCCCAGCAGAACUGGAAGAACCAAUUAACCUCUCUGUGAAAAAACCUCCUGUGACACCAGCGGUCAACACAUCCACGGCUCUGCAGCAGUACCGGAAUCCAAAAGAGUUUGAGAAUUUUGAACAACGAGCCCUUGAGCUGGAUACAAAAGAGAACCGCAGCAUCAGAGCCUUCCAUUGUGAGCCCAAGAUUCCCUAUGUGCGGCUGGAGCGACUCAAGAUUUGUGCUGCCUCCUCAGGAGAGAUGCCUGUGUUCAAGCUGAAGCCACAGAAGAGUGAUCAGGACGGGAGCUUCCUGCUGGUCAUUGAGUGUGGCACGGAGUCCUCCAGCAUGUCUAUUAAGGUCAGCCAGGACAGCCUACCUAAUGCUAUCCAAGCCCCAGGUCUGGGAGGCAGAAAGGUCACUGUCACUUCUCUGGCUGGGCAGCGGCCGCCAGAGGUGGAGGGCACAUCUCCUGAAGAACACAGACUCAUUCCUCGAACAUCUGGAACCAAGAAGGGGCCCCCAGCCCCAAUAGAAAACGAAGACUUCUGUGCUGUGUGCCUCAAUGGCGGGGAGUUGCUGUGCUGUGACCGCUGCCCCAAAGUGUACCACCUCUCUUGCCAUGUGCCAGCUUUGCUCAGCUUCCCAGGGGGAGAGUGGGUUUGUACCUUGUGCCGCAGCCUGAGCCAGCCAGAGAUGGAGUACGACUGUGAGAAUGCCCGCUAUAACCAGCCUGGAGUGCGGGCACCUCCUGGCCUGAGCGUAUAUGACCAGAAGAAGUGUGAGAAGCUGGUCCUGUCCUUGUGCUGCAACAGCCUCAGCCUGCCCUUCCACGAGCCUGUCAGCCCUCUGGCCCGACAUUACUACCAGAUUAUCAAGCGGCCCAUGGACCUGUCAAUCAUCCGGAGGAAGCUGCAAAAGAAGGACCCCGCUCACUACACCACCCCCGAGGAGGUGGUGUCAGACGUGCGCCUCAUGUUCUGGAACUGUGCUAAGUUCAAUUAUCCUGACUCCGAGGUGGCCGAGGCCGGCCGCUGCCUGGAAGUGUUCUUUGAAGGCUGGCUGAAGGAAAUCUACCCAGACAAACGGUUUGCCCAGCCACGGCAGGAGGACUCCGACUCCGAGGAGGUGUCCAGUGAGAGCGGUUGCUCUACUCCCCAGGGCUUUGCGUGGCCCCCCUACAUGCAGGAGGGCAUCCAGCCCAAGAGGCGACGGCGACACAUGGAGAAUGAAAAAGCAAAGAAAAUGUCUUUCCGCCUGGCCAACAGCAUCUCCCAGGUGUGAGGAAGAAGCCUGAGCAUUGGCAGCUGGUACCCCGUCCUGUUGACCAUUCCUCCCCAUCCUUCAGCUUACUCUCUUUGGAAUGUGGAUGUGAGAUGAGUCUUGU